AUGCUGCUGUCGUGGUGUCUCCUCGUCGGAUCGACGGCUGUCGUUCUGAAGGCCGUGGAGGCUGUGCUGGCCAACGUGUUGGCGUCGCGCAAAGGGACCCCGAAGCCACCGGAGGGGCCCGGUGAGAUGCGGCCCAUGGUGGACCCGUGGGACCCGUCACCUCGCGACGGGUUUCUAACGUGGGAUGACUACUUCAUGGCUUUGGCAUUUCUGAGCGCACAACGAUCCAAGGAUCCUAAUAGGCAGGUUGGAGCCUGCAUUGUGAAUCAAGAGAAUGUCAUUCUAGGCAUCGGGUACAAUGGCUUUCCGCGCGGCUGCUCCGAUCAUCAGCUUCCAUGGGCCAAGAAAUCCAGAUGCGGCGACCCUCUUGGGACCAAGUAUCCCUACGUUGUUCAUGCGGAGGCCAAUGCCAUUCUGAACAAGAAUGCGGCCUCGGUCUCUGGAGCGAAAAUAUACGUCACACUUUUCCCUUGCAAUGAGUGCGCAAAGCUCAUCAUCCAGGCAGGAAUCAAGGAAGUCGUGUUUCAUGAGGACAAGGCAGAGGGCAGGGCCGUGGAUCCCACAUACUCCGCAUCGAAACAGAUGCUGAAAAUGGUGGGCGUCAAAUUGCGGCAGCACUCCCCCGGAAAGACUGUCACACUCAGACUGUGA